CUUUUGCACUCCACCCUUUAUAUUCGCUUCCUUAUUCACUAUUUUUCAGCGCUUCUCAAGUAACCCGAAAAUUACCUUUCACAUUCGGAUCCGGGUCACCCGAUUUCAAAAAUAUCCGGUGAGAUUUUUGAUGCAGUGACGGCGUGGUGGUUUUGGAUAUGGAGACAGAGAAUGCAGUGAAUUACAAGUUUAUGGGGAGGAGCUUUAAUGAUUUGAGUAUCAACGAUGAUUCUUCUGCUUUUAGUGAUUGUAAUAGCGACAGAUCCGGUGAGUUCUCCACGGCGUCAUCGCAAAGCCGGAGGUUAUUUCUCGCUUGUACUAAUUCUGAUAACUCCGAUGAAUUUAUACGGCAACUCGUAUCGGAUCUCGGCUCCUGUUCGAUUGAUGAGCAAAAGAACGCGGCUUUAGAGCUUAGAUUGUUGGCGAAGAACAAACCGGAGAAUCGAAUCAAGAUCGCUAAAGCCGGUGCGAUCAAACCGUUGAUUUCGUUAAUCACAUCAACCGAUCCUAACCUUCAAGAAAACGGCGUGACGGCGAUUUUGAAUCUGUCUUUAUGCGACGAGAAUAAAGAACUUAUAGCUUCAUCUGGAGCGAUUAAGCCACUGGUUAGAGCUUUGAGAACCGGAACUUCAACGGCGAAGGAAAACGCGGCUUGUGCUUUGCUUCGGUUGUCACAAGUGGAAGAAAACAAGGUUGCAAUCGGACGGUCAGGAGCGAUUCCACUUUUGGUUAACCUUCUCGAAAACGGUGGAAUUCGCGGCAAAAAAGACGCAUCAACGGCUCUGUAUUCAUUAUGCACGGUUAAAGAGAACAAGAUCAAGGCCGUUGAAGCUGGAAUCAUGAAACCGCUAGUGGAAUUAAUGGCAGAUUUCGGUUCCAACAUGGUUGACAAAUCGGCUUUCGUUUUGAGCGUGCUGGUAUCAGUACCGGAAGCCAAAACGGCAUUAGUUGAUGAAGGAGGGAUUCCCGUUUUGGUUGAAAUCAUUGAAGUUGGAUCACAAAGACAAAAGGAAAUCGCCGCCGCAAACUUGUUGCAGAUUUGUGAAGAUAGUGUGGUGUACCGUACUAAGGUGGCCCGCGAAGGAGCGAUUCCUCCCUUAGUCGCUUUGUCUCAGUCAGGCACCAAUCGCGCCAAGCAAAAGGCAGAGAAAUUGAUAGAGCUGCUCCGGCAACCAAGGUCCGCCAACGCCGCUGCCAGUCCCUCAGAUCUGUAAGCAUAAAAAUCUUUUCUUACAUCACAUAAAUGAUUGUAAUUAUUUAAAAAAAACUGAAAUAGAGAUUUUACGAGAUAAAAAAAUGUGAAUAAAAAAUGUAAAUAUCUUUAUAUAAAA